CAGCAACUCAUUUCCUUGUUUACGACUCAAAGCAGCUCAGAGCAACUGGUGAGCUGCACUCGACGUUUCUGUGUUUGCGGAUUAAAACAGAUUGAUCAGGAUCGUCAGAGAGGUCCUGUUUCUCCUCCAACGGUUCUUUAACUUAUACAGUGUAUCACUAUGUCAGCUGCCUGCUGCCGGCUAACUGAAGAGCAGUUUUUGUGCUGCAUCUGUCUGGAUGUUUUCACUGAUCCAGUCACGAUACCAUGUGGACACAACUUCUGCAAAAACUGCAUCACACAGCACUGGAAUAUCAACAGUGCUCAGUGCCAGUGUCCCAUGUGUAAAAAACAUUUUAGAACACGACCUGAGCUGCCUGUCAACACUUUCAUAUCUGAGAUGGCCGCUGAGUUCAGACAGUCAGCUGGACAGAAAAGCAGCGGGGACUCAGAGGUCGCCAAACCAGGAGACAUCCCCUGUGACAUCUGCACCGGAACUAAACUGAAGGCUCUGAAGUCGUGCUUGACGUGUUUCGCCUCCUACUGCGGUAUUCACCUGGACCCUCAUAUGAAAGCGAACCGCUUGAAAAUACAUUCGCUGACCGAUCCUGUGGAGAACAUGGAGGCCAGGGUGUGUACGGAGCACAAAAAACCACUGGAGCUGUACUGUAAGACUGACCAGACGUGUGUGUGUUCGCUCUGCACUGUUUCAGAACACGUGACACACAACAUCGCUUCUCUGAAAGAUGAAUAUGAAGUAAAGAAGGCUGAGCUGGAGCAGGAAAAGGCUGAAAUCCAGCAGAUGAUCCAGGAGAGGAAGCUCAAGAUCCAGAAAACGAAGCAGUUGAAAGUGCACAGUAAGGAAGACGCAGAGAGAGAGAUAGCAGACGGUCUCCGUGUCUUCACCAUUCUGAUGCAGACGGCCGAGAGAGACCUGAACGAGCUGAUCGAGAUGAUCGAAGAGAGGCAGGAGACGACAGAGGAAAAGGCCGACAGCUUCAUCAAAGAACUGGAACAAGAAAUCUCUGCGCUGAUGAAGAGGACCGCUGAAGUGCAGCAGCUCUCACGUACUCAAGACCAUCUUCACCUCCUCCAGAGCUUCACAUCCAUGAACACUGAUCUAUGCACCAAGAAGAGGACAGAGGUCAGCGUCCGUCCGCCAUCAUACGAGGGGACUGUGGUGAGAGCCGUGGCUGAGCUGGAGGAGAUGCUCAGCAAAGAGAAAAGGCAGCUGCUUCAUGAGGCCAGGUUGAAGAGGGUCCAGCAUUACGCCAUGGACGUCGUACUUGAACGUCACACAGCUAACCCCUGGCUCAUCCUGUCUGAUGAUGGGAAACAGGUCAGGUGUGGUCAGGUGAGGAGGGACCUGCCAGACAACGCAGAGAGAUUUUCUCUUUACGCCACUGUGUUGGCACAGCAGAGUUUCUCCUCGGGAAGAUUUUACUACGAGGUUGAGGUUAUGGGGAAGACUGACUGGACUCUGGGAGUGGUCAAAGGGUCAGUCAACAGGAAGGGAAUAAUCCCACUAAGCCCUGUGAGCGGCUACUGGGCCGUGGGUUUGAGGAACGGAAACGAGUACCUAACUUAUGCCAGCCCUGUUGUCAGCCUCAGUCUGAACUCGGGGCCUCAGAAGGUGGGGGUGUUUGUGAGUUACGAGGACGGUCUGGUCUCCUUUUAUGAUGUGGAUGCUGCAGUUCACCUCUACUCCUUCACUGACUGCUGCUUCAAUGAGAAGCUCAGGCCCUUCUUCAGUCCCGGUCUUCAUCACGGUGGCAUGAACUCCGCCCCUCUGACAAUCUCACCUGUCGACCACACUGAUUAGAUUUCAUCAUUCAUUUUUUAAAAAGGGAUUUUUGUCAUUUGAGAAGAAGUCAAAGGAUCUGUUAUUUCAUUCCAUCCGUAUAGGCCAGGGGUCAGCAACCUGCGCCUCUUUAACCUCUCUCCAGUGGCUCCCUGUGGAUCUUUAAAAAUGGAAAUGAACUGUUUUGUGUUUACAUUUAAAGAUUUAUUUAUCAUUGUUGUGGGU